AAAUUGGAGAUUGAAAACCCAAUACCCUCACAGAGAUUCCAAGUAAAGAAGCCUUCCUCUCAUCUAAAGCUCCAGCAAUGUCUAAGGAGAUUCUCUUGAACUCCUCUGAUAAUUUGGGUGUUUUGGGGAUUCUUAGAGAAGCCCUACAAAUCUUCCCAAGAAAUGGAAAGAUCAUGGCUUCAAUUGCUCUGUUCUCCCUCGUAUCUAACUUUCUUGUCUUCUUAGAUUACCAUUUCUCAUUCGAACCAUUCUUCUCUGAUUUGGUUAUGCAUUUAUUCCCAUUAAAAACCGCACAACCUGGUAGCCCUGAGUACUAUGACCUGGUGAUUGCAAUCAAGAAAAAUGUUGGAGUCCUUCUGGUCAAUCAAUUGAUCAUUGGAGUAUUCAUAUGGGUUGUCUCUCUUUUCUCCUUGAUUGCAACAAUCUACGCUUCCGCCGUGACAUACUCCGGUGAGGAAUUGACUCUUAAGGAGCUUUUAACACAGAUCGGAAGAACUUGGCGUGGACCGGCGAUCACUUGCUUCUAUAUUUCUCUCAUGAGUUUAGGUUGUUCUGUUCUUGUUCUAAUUAUGGUUGGUGUGCUCACAAUGGUUGCCAAUGGUUCAAUUCCCUAGUGCAAUGUUAAGAACUAUUUUCACUUUUUUACCACAAUGGCCCUCUUAGUGGUUCUUUUGGUUCUCGCCAUAAACCUCUACUUAGGAAUGGUUUGGAUGGUUGGUCUAGUGGUCUCUGUUUUAUAAGAUGGUUGCUGUGGAAUGGAAGCACUUGGGAAAGUUGAAGAGUUUACGGUGGGAAGAAAGCAUCAAGGAUACCUUGUCACCCUUGUUUUGGAUUAGUCCUCAUUACAAUAUCCGGUUUUGUUGGAUAUGAAACCAGCGAUAUGAAAAUUUUGGCGAUGCUUAGACCAGCUCUGCAUUUCAUGUUGACAAAUAUCAUCUGCUUGUGGAAAAUCUAUGGUGCAAUGAUGUACACAGUUCUAUAUUUCAAUUGUAAGAAGAUCCAAGG